AUUUGCACGGUUGGAGGCUCUUUAACUCAGGAAAAUUUCACUUUAGAUAGUCAACUCCCUUUAGUCGCGACUUCUACAAUGAUCGUCCAGAUGAAUUUCCGUCGCUUCCUUCUCGUCUUGGCAAUCGUGGGGGGACAAUUUGCUCCUGCAUUGCCCAGCCAGACCUGUGUUGCAGAACUGGAAUAUCGUCACAAUGGAAGAUGCUGUGACCUUUGUGCACCAGGUUACUACAAAGUAAAGGACUGCACCAGGAAUCAUCAAACAGAAUGUGCAAGAUGUGCAGAUGGCUACUAUUUGGAGCAUCCAAAUUUUGAGUCAGGGUGCCGACGUUGUACAAGGUGCUCUUCCAGAGUCCGCAUGGAACAAAAGAUGCCCUGCCUCAAGGACCAGAACAGAGUGUGCCAGUGCAUGAAGGGUUACUACAUCCCCCCGGGACAGGUGAUGGAGGUCUGCAUCAAACACAUGAAGUGUCCACCUGGUGAAGGAGUAAGCAGAAGGGGUACACCACUAUCAAACACAGUUUGCAGGCCCUGUGCACAUGGAACGUUUUCAAACAAAAGAUCUCCGAGGCAGAAGUGCCUGCAAUGGACUGACUGUGCACAUCUAGGUAGAGAAGAACUGGAGUCUGGAACAUCAGAGCAGGAUGCUGUAUGUGGAGACAAGCUGGUGACAAUUAUGCAGCCAAAGACAAGAUACUUUAUGGAAUCCAUUGUAAAAGCAAUACCUGCAACCACACCUGCUACAUAUAUCAACACAGGAACAACAGAACAGGAGAAGGAAUCAAAUAGUGAACAUGGACUUGAAGUGAGGAACAAUGGAGUACAGGGUCUUGCAAAGUUACAAAUUGCAAUGAUUGUGAUCCUUUGCUGUCUGGUGGUCAUCACUCCAGCUGCAGUUGCAUGGUAUGCCUGUUGCCGUAAGAAAAAGACUCCCCUGCCAACAGAUCUUCCUGAUGUCUACUACAAAAUGUACAAGAAAGGAAAUGAAAAUGUUUCCAUUGGAGCACCUUUACAGGAGGAAGAUGACAUGGGAGCCGGUGACACACCAGACCACAAUGGCAGUAGUGCAGUUCUUUUAGUGGAAGUACAUGAUGAACCAUCAAACCAGAUCAACACUUCUGCUGGGGACGAGCACUCUCCACUGAUCUCUGCUUCAGGAGAGCAUCCUGAAGAAGCAUCAUCACCCAGUGAAGUCCCAGACAUCCCCAUCACAGAGGUAGACCUUAUGAAACUAGCAAGGACCAUUGGACCAGGCUGGGAGGAUGCUAGUAUACAGGUCCUUGGCAUCUCACGUGCAGAGCUGGCAACUUGUCAGGCCAACAACCAAAGUAACAGAAACAUGCAGAUCUUUGAUAUGCUCAGUUUGUGGAAACAAAAGCUAGGAAAAAGAGCUACAUUGCAAUCUCUGUGUCAGCUGUUGUCACAGGCUGAAGUGGAGUACAGAGUAGAGAAUGUGUAGAGUACAUGUGCAGGAAGAGUAGGCUAGGAAUUACCAAUAGUUUUCAAAGGAAUUAUUGUCAGACACUGCACAGGAGCCUAUGUUUGAAACUCAAUUCAAUGGAUUUUACCUUUUUGUACAAAUGGGUGCAGGUCAGGCAUUGUGCUCAGUCUGCCUCUACCUGAAGUAGAUUCACACCAUAACAAUUUGACAGUUCCUUUAUAAUUUCUAGACUACUAGCCCUCCUGUGGGCUUACCCAUGUAAUGAGGUGUGCCUAAACACCACAAACGACCCAGAAACACCACAAACGACUCUAAUAUGCAGUGUAGAUGUGUUGGUAACAAAAAGCACUGAUGGGACUGGUACUAUCAAAGCAUUGACUGUCUGUAUCUGACCUGGUCUACUCAUGAUCACUCAUUCUACAUGAAACAACUAGAUGUCAAAAGUAACAAUAUGUAUGAUGUUGAAACAUUGUAGCUUUAAGCCUCAUAUUACAUAGUUUUUAC